AUGCCGGGCUUACUGCUGGGAGAUGUGGUUCCCGACUUCGAGGCCGAGACGACCAUCGGCCCCAUCAGACUGCACGAGUUCCUGGGAGAGUCAUGGGGCAUCCUAUUCUCACACCCCCGGGACUACACCCCGGUCUGCACCACAGAGCUGGGCCGAGCAGCCCGUUUAAGCCCGGAGUUCGCUAAGCGUAAUGUGAAGAUGAUCGCUCUGUCCAUCGACAGCAUCGAGGAGCACCACGGCUGGAGCAAGGACAUCCUGGCCUACAAUAAUGACGAAACUGUCACAGAGUUCCCCUUUCCCAUCAUAGCAGACGAUAAGCGGGAGCUGGCUGUGGAGCUGGGUAUGCUGGACCCUGACGAAAAAGACCAGAGUGGUAUGCCACUGACUGCCCGAUGUGUGUUUAUAAUCGGUCCUGACAAGAAGUUGAAGCUGUCGCUCCUCUACCCGGCUACAACGGGCCGCAACUUUGAUGAGAUUCUACGGGUGAUCGAUUCCUUGCAGUUAACAGCGCAGAAACGGGUAGCGACGCCUGUAGACUGGAAGCCUGGGGAUCGUGUCAUGGUACCACCUACUAUCCCUGAGGAAGAAGCUAAGUGUAUGUUUUCAGCUGGAGUGUACACUAAAGAGCUCCCGUCUGGGAAGAAGUAUCUGCGCUACACGCCGCAACCAUGAACACUCCAGCAGAGCACACGCUAACUAACAACCCCCCCCACCAGAGGACCAAAAGACCCGGAGAAGAGAGGAAAACUGAGAUGAUGCCCUGGAUAAGCAUAAGGACAAAAGGGUAAACUACAAAGCUUCAAAGGAUUCAUGGCUUAGCAUGUGCUAGCCUUAAGUUCAGUUUACAGCAACCUCCUGUGUUUCUGAGCUCAUCUAAACUGAACCAGCUGGUUUGCUAACCCAUGAAUUUUGACUGUCAAGCCAUGCAAAGUUCUUGUCAAUCAUGAAUGACCUACUAAAAAGGUUCCUGCUAAGGGAAACCAUGUUGUUGUUGACUUUCAGUGGCUUAGGCAGGUUAUUUGUGACCAAACCACCAAAACAGGAAAUAAACACACGUACGCUGCU